UGCUGACCUACUUACUACCUUAAAGCCAAUCAGUCAGCUUCACACACUGACACCAAAGGAAGCAUCUUUCUUCCUUCUCUUCCUCCUCCUCUUCCCGGCAGCCAUGCCACCGCCCUCCCUUCUCCUCCCUCCUCUCCUCCUCCUCCUCGGCCUCCAUGCCGCCGCCGCCGCCGUCUCCGAGGUGUCGGCCCUCAUGGCCUUCAAGAACGCCCUCACCAUCCCUCCCACCGCCGCCGCCUUCUUCGCCCGGUGGGACGCCGCCGCGGCUUCCCCCUGCAACUUCACCGGCGUCGACUGCGCCAAUUCCGGCGGCGGCGGCGUCACCGCCGUCGCCGUGGAGGGCUUGGGCGUGGCCGCAACGUCCGUCCCGUUCGACGUUCUGUGCGGCUCGCUGCCGUCGCUCGCGAAGCUCUCCCUGCCGUCGAACGCGCUCGCCGGGGGGAUCGGCGGCGUCGCGGGGUGCACCGCCCUCGAGGUGCUCGACCUCGCGUUCAAUGGCUUCUCCGGCCACGUCCCGGACCUCUCGCCGCUGACGAGGCUGCAGAGGCUCAACGUGUCGCAGAACAGCUUCACCGGCGCCUUCCCAUGGCGCGCGCUGGCGUCCAUGCCGGGUCUCACCGUGCUCGCCGCCGGCGACAAUGGGUUCUUCGAGAAGACGGAGACGUUCCCCGACGAGAUCACCGCGCUCACCAACCUCACCGUGCUCUACCUCUCCGCGGCCAACAUCGGCGGCGUCAUCCCUCCCGGCAUCGGCAACCUCGCCAAGCUCGUCGACCUCGAGCUCUCCGACAACGCGCUCACCGGCGAGAUACCGCCGGAGAUCACCAAGCUCACCAACCUCCUGCAGCUCGAGCUGUACAACAACUCGCUCCACGGCGAGCUCCCGGCGGGGUUCGGGAACCUGACGAAGCUCCAGUUCUUCGACGCGUCCAUGAACCACCUCACCGGCAGCCUCUCCGAGCUCCGGUCGCUCACCCAGCUCGUGUCGCUGCAGCUGUUCUACAAUGGCUUCACCGGCGACGUGCCGCCGGAGUUCGGCGAGUUCAAGGAGCUCGUGAACCUGUCCCUGUACAACAACAACCUCACCGGCGAGCUGCCGCGGGAUCUCGGCAGCUGGGCGGAGUUCAACUUCAUCGACGUGUCCACCAACGCGCUGUCCGGCCCGAUCCCGCCGUUCAUGUGCAAGCGCGGCAAGAUGACCAGGCUGCUCAUGCUGGAGAACAACUUCUCCGGCCAGAUUCCGGCCACCUACGCAAACUGCACGACGCUGGUGAGGUUCAGGGUGAGCAAGAACUCCAUGUCCGGCGACGUCCCCGACGGGUUGUGGGCGCUCCCCAACGUCGACAUCAUUGACCUCGCCAACAACCAGUUCACCGGGGGGAUCGGCGACGGCAUCGGGAGAGCCGCCUUGCUGAGCAGCCUCGACCUGGCCGGGAACAGGUUCUCCGGCGCGAUCCCGCCGUCGAUCGGCGACGCCAGCAACCUCGAGACAAUUGACAUUUCGUCGAACGGGUUGUCGGGCAAAAUUCCGGCGAGCAUCGGGAGGCUGGCACGUCUCGGCAGCUUGAACAUUGCUAGGAAUGGGAUCACCGGGGCCAUCCCGGCGAGCAUCGGCGAGUGCUCGUCGCUUAGUACGGUCAAUUUCACCGGGAACAAGCUCGCCGGCGCGAUCCCGUCGGAGCUGGGGACCCUGCCGCGGCUUAAUUCUUUGGACUUGUCCGGGAAUGACCUCUCCGGUGCCGUGCCGGCGAGCCUCGCCGCUCUGAAGCUGAGCUCCCUGAACAUGUCCGACAACAAGCUCGUCGGGCCCGUGCCGGAGCCGCUCUCCAUCGCGGCCUACGGCGAGAGCUUCAAGGGGAACCCCGGGCUGUGCGCCACCAACGGAGUGGACUUCCUCCGCCGCUGCUCGCCGGGAUCAGGAGGCCACUCCGCGGCCACCGCGCGCACCGUGGUCACCUGCCUCCUCGCCGGCCUCGCCGUAGUGCUCGCGGCGCUCGGCGCGGUGAUGUACAUCAAGAAGCGGCGGCGCGCGGAGGCGGAGGCGGAGGAGGCGGCCGGCGGCAAGGUGUUCGGCAAGAAGGGGUCGUGGGACCUCAAGUCGUUCAGGGUCCUGGCGUUCGACGAGCACGAGGUGAUCGACGGUGUCCGCGACGAGAACCUCAUCGGCAGCGGCGGGUCCGGGAACGUGUACCGCGUGAAGCUCGGGAGCGGCGCGGUGGUCGCGGUGAAGCACAUCACCCGGACACGCGCGGCGGCGGCGGCGGCGAGGAGCACGGCGGCGUCGGCCGCCAUGCUCCGUUCGCCGUCGGCGGCGCGGCGCACGGCGUCGGUGCGGUGCCGCGAGUUCGACUCGGAGGUGGGGACGCUGAGCUCGAUCCGGCACGUGAACGUGGUGAAGCUCCUGUGCAGCAUCACCAGCGACGACGGCGCGGCGAGCCUGCUGGUGUACGAGCACCUCCCCAAUGGCAGCCUCUACGAGCGCCUGCACGAGGGGCAAAAGCUCGGCGGCCGCGGCGGCCUCGGGUGGCCGGAGCGCUACGACAUCGCCGUCGGCGCCGCCCGUGGGCUGGAGUACCUCCACCACGGCUGCGACCGCCCCAUCCUCCACCGUGACGUCAAGUCCAGCAACAUCCUCCUCGACGAGUCCUUCAAGCCGCGCAUCGCCGACUUCGGCCUCGCCAAGAUCCUCGACGGCGCCGCCGCCACGCCGGACACCACCAGCGCGGGCGUGGUGGCCGGCACGCUCGGGUACAUGGCGCCCGAGUACUCCUACACGUGGAAGGUGACGGAGAAGAGCGACGUGUACAGCUUCGGCGUGGUGCUGCUUGAGCUGGUGACGGGGCGGACGGCGAUCAUGGCGGAGUACGGGGAGAGUAGGGACAUCGUGGAGUGGGUGUCUCGCCGGUUAGAUAGCCGAGACAAGGUGAUGUCCCUCCUCGACGCCAGCAUCGGCGAGGAAUGGGAGAAGGAGGAGGCCGUCAGGGUGCUUCGCGUCGCCGUGGUGUGCACCAGCAGGACGCCGUCGAUGAGGCCGUCGAUGCGCUCCGUCGUGCAGAUGCUCGAGGCGGCGGCGAUCGGCCGGGAGUUCGCCGUGGUCACUUCGGUGAAGGUCAAGGUGAUCCCCUAGGACUAGGAGGCAUUUGGACCAUAAGGGGGAGUGAACAACGUGGGUCCUUGUUGGUCGUCCGAUCAGAGAAUCAACGGCUCAGAUCAAGCGUGAUCAAACACGGAUAAUUCAUCGUCGUGGCUCGAUCUCAACCGUACUUCAUCGAUCGGAUGGUUUCCAAAGCUUGUAGUUAUUACAUUAGCAAAUCAGCUUCAGAUGAGAUGAAAUUAGCAAAAUAUAUAUGUAGAUAGGACAAUCAAUCAUGAAUUAUAUUCCAGGUCAAUGAUGCAGUAGCAUACUAGCAUGUGUGCACAAGUGAGAUUUCCACAGAAUAAUGGAAUCUGUAGUUAGUACUAAUACUAGUAUGCGUGUAACUGUAAAACAGUAAAUUUUGCUAAAUCAUUUUCAGGUCAAUGCGGUGAAAA